AUGCAUUUCUCCCGUCACUUCUGCCUCAUCCUUCUCACGCCUCUCCUGGCUUCAGCUCUGCCGGCAACGGAUGGAGUUACUGAUGCGGAAAUUGGAAAUUCCGUCCUCCAGGUCGCACCUCUCGUUGUGCCAGGCAAAGAUGUGGCGGCCCAUACGCCUAUCGCCAGGCGUCAGUCAAAUGAUCCUCCUGCAGUUCAAUUCAGCGACUUUGCAGACGAUACGCCAGGCAAGGACAAGAUCCCAUCGAACUUCGUAGAGACGGCGACCCUUGAUGAUAAGUGGAGCACACCAGUUUGCAAGAUUCUCACUGCUUUCAAGCCAGAGGCGAACGGCGACGCAAGAAACUUCAAUUACAACGUUCAAGGCACGCAUAAGAAGGGGAUGUACUAUAAAGGCUACACAAAAGAAGGAAGCCUAAGAGAGUAG